CCCGGCUGCUCGCCGCCGCUUUCGCUCGCUCGCUCCGCGUCUCGGCCGGAGGAGGAGGCAGUGGCGCCGGCGACAGCUACGGCAACGGCAGCCACCGCGGCGGCGGCAGCGGCGGCGGCGACAUCUCCGCCUCCACCCCCGCCCGGGACGGCCCCCCACCGUCUCCCCGCCCCUCCCGGUCCUCUAACCCGCCGCGGGGCGGAGGAAGGAGCCGGCCCCCACCCCCUCCAAACCCACCCCCAAAGAGAUCCCUCCUCCCCUCCCCCCCACUGCCUCUGGCGCGGAGCCGGGACGAUGCUGACCCCUUAGAUCCUGCUCCAGCUGCGCCGAGGGAAGAGGGGGCGCCCCUCCCCGGACCCUUGCCCUCUACCGGGUGGCCCCUUUUCUUCUUCCCUCUCUCGGGGGGCUGCUUCGCCGAAGGUAGCGCCGAUUCGGGCAAUCGGAGCCUGGGCGCGAAGCGAAGAAGCCGGAACAAAGUGAGGGGAAGCCGGCCGGCUAGUAGGGGAGCCCCCGGGAACCCAGGGGAAGCGGGACUCUCGCCAGGCGGGGCUUCCCUGCGACCCGGCGCCCCGAGGGCAGCAUGCCCCUGCGGGCAAGGGGAGCAGGGCUGAACUGGCCCUCCUGGGGGCUCAGCAAGCUCUCUAGAGCCCCCCACAUGCUCCCCCGCCGGGGUCCCCCAGUUGCUUGAGGAUACCUCCUCUGAGGGGCGCCGCUCGCCCCUCUUCGGACCCCCCACCCCCGGGCCCCGGCUGGCCAGAGGAUGGACGAGGAGGAGGAUGGAGCGGGCGCCGAGGAGUCGGGACAGCCCGGGAGCUUCACGCAGCUCAACGACCUGUCCGGGGCCGGGGUCCGGCAGGGGCCGGGGUCGACGGAAAAGGACCCGGGCAGCGCGGACUCCGAGGCGGAGGGGCUGCCGUACCCGGCGUUGGCCCCGGUGGUUUUCUUCUACUUGAGCCAGGACAGCCGCCCGCGGAGCUGGUGUCUCCGCACGGUCUGUAACCCCUGGUUCGAGCGCAUCAGCAUGUUGGUCAUUCUUCUCAACUGUGUGACUCUUGGUAUGUUCAGGCCAUGCGAGGACAUUGCCUGUGACUCCCAGCGCUGCCGGGUCUUGCAGGCCUUCGAUGACUUCAUCUUUGCCUUCUUUGCCGUGGAAAUGGUGGUGAAGAUGGUGGCCUUGGGCAUCUUUGGGAAGAAAUGUUACCUGGGAGACACUUGGAACCGGCUUGACUUUUUCAUUGUCGUUGCGGGGAUGCUGGAGUAUUCGCUGGACCUGCAGAACGUCAGCUUCUCAGCAGUCAGAACAGUCCGUGUGCUGCGACCGCUCAGGGCCAUUAACCGGGUGCCCAGCAUGCGCAUCCUCGUCACGUUACUGCUGGACACCUUGCCUAUGUUGGGCAAUGUCCUGCUACUCUGUUUCUUCGUUUUUUUCAUCUUUGGCAUCGUUGGUGUCCAGCUGUGGGCAGGGCUGCUGCGGAACCGAUGUUUCCUCCCUGAGAAUUUCAGCCUCCCCCUGAGCGUGGACCUGGAGCCUUACUACCAGACAGAGAAUGAGGAUGAGAGUCCCUUCAUCUGCUCCCAGCCAAGGGAGAGUGGCAUGCGGUCCUGCAGGAGCGUGCCCACCCUUCGUGGGGAAGGUGGUGGUGGCCCGCCCUGUGGUCUGGACUAUGAGGCCUAUAACAGUUCCAGCAACACCACCUGCGUUAACUGGAACCAGUACUACACCAACUGCUCUGCAGGCGAGCACAACCCCUUCAAAGGCGCCAUCAACUUUGACAACAUCGGUUAUGCCUGGAUCGCCAUCUUCCAGGUCAUCACCCUGGAGGGCUGGGUCGACAUCAUGUACUUUGUGAUGGAUGCUCAUUCCUUCUACAACUUCAUCUACUUCAUCCUCCUCAUCAUCGUGGGCUCCUUCUUCAUGAUCAACCUGUGCCUGGUGGUGAUUGCCACACAGUUCUCAGAGACCAAGCAGCGGGAGAGUCAGCUGAUGCGGGAGCAGCGUGUGCGAUUCCUGUCCAACGCCAGCACCCUGGCAAGCUUCUCCGAGCCAGGCAGCUGCUAUGAGGAGCUGCUCAAGUACCUGGUGUACAUCCUCCGCAAAGCAGCCCGCAGGCUGGCCCAGGUCUCUAGGGCUGCAGGUGUGCGGGCUGGGUUGCUUAGCAGCCCAGUGACCCAUGGUGGGCAGGAGCCCCAGCCCAGUGGCAGCUGCUCUCGUUCACACCGUCGUCUAUCUGUCCACCACCUGGUGCACCACCAUCACCAUCAUCACCACCACUACCACCUGGGUAAUGGGACGCUCAGAGUUCCCCGGGCCAGCCCAGAGAUCAAGGACAGGGAUGCCAAUGGGUCUCGCCGGCUCAUGCUGCCACCACCCUCUACACCCACUCCCUCUGGGGGCCCUCCGAGGGGUGCGGAGUCUGUGCACAGCUUCUACCAUGCCGACUGCCAUUUGGAGCCAGUCCGUUGCCAGGCACCCCCUCCCAGGUCCCCAUCGGAGGCAUCUGGCAGGACUGUGGGUAGUGGGAAGGUGUACCCCACUGUGCACACCAGCCCUCCACCAGAGAUGCUGAAGGAUAAGGCACUAGUGGAGGUGGCCCCCAGUCCUGGGCCCCCCACCCUCACCAGCCUCAACAUCCCACCUGGGCCCUUCAGCUCCAUGCACAAGCUACUGGAGACACACAGUACGGGAGCCUGCCAUAGCUCCUGCAAGAUCUCCAGCCCUUGCUCCAAGGCAGACAGUGGAGCCUGUGGGCCAGACAAUUGCCCCUACUGUGCCCGGACGGGGGCAGGGGAGCCAGAGUCUGCUGACCAUGAAAUGCCCGAUUCAGACAGUGAGGCUGUGUAUGAGUUCACACAGGAUGCUCAGCACAGUGACCUCCGGGACCCCCACAGCCGACGGCAGCGGAGCCUGGGCCCAGAUACAGAGCCUAGUUCUGUGCUGGCUUUCUGGAGACUCAUCUGUGACACCUUCCGGAAGAUCGUAGAUAGCAAAUACUUUGGCCGGGGAAUUAUGAUCGCUAUCCUGGUCAAUACACUCAGCAUGGGCAUCGAGUACCACGAGCAGCCCGAGGAGCUCACCAACGCCCUGGAAAUCAGCAACAUCGUCUUCACCAGCCUCUUUGCCUUGGAGAUGCUGCUGAAGCUGCUCGUAUACGGUCCCUUUGGCUACAUUAAGAAUCCCUACAACAUCUUUGAUGGUGUCAUCGUUGUUAUCAGUGUGUGGGAGAUUGUGGGCCAGCAGGGAGGUGGCCUGUCGGUGCUGCGGACCUUCCGCCUGAUGCGGGUGCUGAAGCUCGUACGCUUCCUGCCGGCGCUGCAGCGGCAGCUCGUGGUGCUCAUGAAGACCAUGGACAACGUGGCCACCUUCUGCAUGCUGCUCAUGCUCUUCAUCUUCAUCUUCAGCAUCCUGGGCAUGCAUCUCUUUGGUUGCAAGUUUGCAUCUGAACGGGAUGGGGACACGUUACCAGACCGGAAGAAUUUUGACUCCCUGCUCUGGGCCAUCGUCACUGUCUUUCAGAUUCUGACUCAGGAGGACUGGAAUAAAGUCCUCUACAAUGGCAUGGCCUCCACAUCGUCUUGGGCUGCCCUUUACUUCAUCGCCCUCAUGACGUUUGGCAACUACGUGCUCUUUAACCUGCUCGUCGCCAUUCUGGUAGAGGGCUUCCAGGCAGAGGAAAUCAGCAAACGGGAAGAUGCGAGUGGACAGUUAAGCUGUAUUCAGCUGCCUGUCGACUCCCAGGGGGGAGAUGCCACCAAGUCUGAGUCAGAGCCUGAUUUCUUUUCACCCAGCGUGGACGGUGAUGGGGAUAGGAAGAAGCACCUGGCCUUGGUGGCCUUGGGAGAACACCCUGAACUACGAAAGAGCCUUCUGCCACCCCUCAUCAUCCACACAGCUGCUACACCAAUGUCACUGCCCAAGAGCUCCAGCACAGGUGUGGGGGAAGCCUUGGGCCCUGGCUCUCGACGCACCAGUAGCAGUGGGUCGGCUGAACCUGGAGCUGCCCAUCAUGAGAUGAAGUCACCGCCAAGUGCCCGCAGCUCCCCACACAGUCCCUGGAGUGCGGCAAGCAGCUGGACCAGCAGGCGCUCCAGCCGGAACAGCUUGGGCCGGGCCCCCAGCCUAAAGCGUAGGAGCCCGAGUGGAGAGCGGCGGUCCCUGCUGUCAGGAGAGGGUCAGGAGAGCCAGGAUGAAGAGGAAAGUUCUGAAGAGGAGCGGGCCAGCCCAGCAGGCAGUGAUCAUCGCCACAGGGGUUCCUUGGACCGUGAGGCCAAGAGUUCCUUUGACCUGCCUGACACCCUGCAGGUGCCAGGGCUUCACCGCACAGCCAGUGGCCGAAGCUCUGCUUCUGAGCACCAAGACUGCAAUGGCAAGUCAGCUUCAGGGCGUUUGGCUCGGACCCUGAGGCCUGACGACCCCCCGCUCGAUGGGGAUGAUGGGGAUGAUGAGGGCAACCUGAGCAAAGGGGAACGAUUACGAGCCUGGGUCCGAGCCCGGCUUCCUGCCUGUUGCCGAGAGCGAGACUCCUGGUCUGCCUACAUCUUCCCUCCUCAGUCAAGGUUCCGCCUCCUGUGUCACCGGAUUAUCACCCACAAGAUGUUUGACCACGUGGUCCUUGUCAUCAUCUUCCUCAACUGUAUCACCAUCGCCAUGGAGCGCCCCAAAAUUGACCCCCAUAGCGCUGAACGAAUCUUCCUAACCCUCUCCAAUUACAUCUUCACCGCAGUCUUCCUGGCUGAAAUGACCGUGAAGGUGGUGGCACUGGGCUGGUGCUUUGGGGAGCAGGCCUACCUGCGCAGCAGCUGGAAUGUGCUGGAUGGCUUGCUGGUGCUCAUCUCUGUCAUCGACAUCCUGGUAUCCAUGGUCUCCGACAGUGGCACCAAGAUCCUUGGCAUGCUGAGGGUGCUGCGGCUGCUGCGGACCCUACGCCCGCUCAGGGUCAUCAGCCGGGCCCAGGGGCUGAAGCUGGUGGUAGAGACGCUGAUGUCCUCUCUCAAGCCCAUUGGCAACAUUGUGGUCAUCUGCUGUGCCUUCUUCAUCAUUUUUGGCAUUCUGGGGGUGCAGCUCUUCAAAGGGAAGUUCUUCGUGUGUCAGGGUGAGGACACUAGGAACAUCACCAACAAAUCAGACUGUGCUGAGGCCAGUUACCGGUGGGUCCGGCAUAAGUACAACUUUGACAACCUGGGCCAGGCUCUGAUGUCCCUGUUCGUGCUGGCCUCCAAGGAUGGUUGGGUUGACAUCAUGUAUGAUGGGCUGGAUGCUGUAGGUGUGGACCAGCAGCCCAUCAUGAACCACAACCCCUGGAUGCUGCUAUACUUCAUCUCCUUCCUGCUCAUCGUGGCCUUCUUUGUCCUGAACAUGUUCGUGGGCGUGGUGGUGGAGAACUUCCACAAGUGUCGACAGCACCAGGAGGAGGAGGAGGCCCGGCGUCGAGAGGAGAAGAGACUCAAGAGGCUGGAGAAAAAGAGAAGGAGUAAGGAGAAGCAGAUGGCCGAUCUAAUGUUGGACGAUGUAAUUGCUUCCGGCAGCACAGCCAGCGCUGCGUCAGAAGCCCAGAGCAAGCCCUACUACUCCGGCUACUCCCGCUUCCGGCUCCUAGUCCACCACCUGUGUACCAGCCAUUACUUGGACCUCUUCAUCACCGGCGUCAUUGGGCUGAAUGUGGUCACUAUGGCCAUGGAACACUACCAGCAGCCCCAGAUCCUGGACGAGGCUCUGAAGAUCUGCAAUUACAUCUUCACGGUCAUCUUUGUCUUGGAGUCCGUCUUCAAACUUGUGGCCUUUGGCUUCCGCCGUUUCUUCCAGGACAGGUGGAAUCAGCUGGACCUGGCUAUUGUGCUCCUGUCCAUCAUGGGCAUCACGCUGGAGGAGAUUGAAGUCAAUGCUUCGCUGCCCAUCAACCCUACCAUCAUCCGUAUCAUGAGGGUGCUCCGCAUUGCCCGAGUGCUGAAGCUGCUGAAGAUGGCUGUGGGCAUGCGGGCGCUGCUGGACACGGUGAUGCAGGCCCUGCCCCAGGUGGGGAACCUGGGACUUCUCUUCAUGCUAUUGUUUUUCAUCUUUGCAGCUCUGGGCGUGGAGCUCUUUGGAGACCUGGAGUGUGAUGAGACACACCCCUGUGAGGGCUUGGGCCGGCAUGCCACCUUUAGGAACUUUGGUAUGGCCUUUCUGACCCUCUUCCGAGUCUCCACCGGUGACAAUUGGAAUGGCAUUAUGAAGGACACCCUCCGAGACUGUGACCAGGAGUCCACCUGCUACAACACAGUCAUCUCACCCAUCUACUUCGUGUCGUUCGUGCUCACGGCCCAGUUCGUACUGGUCAACGUGGUCAUAGCUGUGCUGAUGAAGCACCUGGAAGAAAGUAACAAAGAGGCCAAGGAGGAGGCGGAGCUGGAGGCGGAGCUGGAGGCGGAGCUGGAGAUGAAGACGCUCAGCCCGCAGCCCCACUCCCCGCUGGGCAGCCCCUUCCUCUGGCCUGGGGUGGAGGGUGUCAAUAGCCCUGGCAGCCCUAAGCCUGGGGCUCCACACACCACGGCCCACCUUGGAGCAGCCUCGGGCUUCUCCCUUGAACACCCCACGAUGGUACCCCACCCCGAGGAGGCGCCAGUCCCCCUGGGACCAGACCUGCUGACCGUGAGGAAGUCUGGUGUCAGUCGGACGCACUCUCUGCCCAAUGACAGCUACAUGUGCCGCAAUGGGAGCGUGUCUGAGAGAGCCCUAGGACACAGGGGCUGGGGGCUCCCCAAAGCCCAGUCAGGCUCCAUCUUGUCUGUUCACUCCCAACCAGCAGACACCAGCUGCAUUCUUCAGCUUCCCAAAGAUGCACCCUAUCUACUCCAGCCUCAUGGGGCCCCCACCUGGGGUGCCAUCCCUAAACUACCCCCACCAGGCCGCUCCCCUCUGGCUCAGAGGCCGCUCAGGCGUCAGGCAGCAAUAAGAACUGACUCCCUGGACGUGCAGGGCCUGGGUAGCCGGGAAGACCUGCUGUCAGAGGUGAGUGGGCCCUCCUGCCCUCUGACCCGAUCCUCAUCCUUCUGGGGCGGGUCGAGCAUCCAGAUGCAGGAACGGUCUGGCAGCCAGAGCAAGGUCUCCAAGUACAUCCGCCCGCUAGCCCCUUGCCCAGGCCUGGAACCGGGCUGGGCCAAGGACCCUCCAGAGACCAGAAGCAGCUUAGAGCUGGACACGGAGCUGAGCUGGAUUUCAGGAGACCUCCUGCCCAGCAGCCAGGAGGAACCCCUGUCCCCACGGGACCUGAAGAAAUGCUACAGUGUAGAAGCGCAGAGCUGCCGGCGCAGGCCUGGAUCCUGGCUAGAUGAACAGAGAAGACACUCCAUUGCAGUCAGCUGCCUGGACAGCGGCUCCCAGCCCCGCCUAUGUCCAAGCCCCUCAAGCCUGGGGGGCCAACCUCUUGGGGGCCCUGGGAGUCGGCCUAAGAAAAAACUCAGCCCACCCAGUAUCUCUAUAGAUCCCCCGGAGAGCCAGGGCCCUCGGCCCCCAUGCAGUCCUGGUGUCUGCCUCAGGAGGAGGGCGCCAUCCAGUGACUCCAAGGAUCCCUCGGCCUCAGGCCCCCUUGAUGGCACGGCUUCCUCACCCUCCCCAAAGAAAGAUGCGCUGAGUCUCUCUGGUUUGUCCUCUGACCCAACAGACCUGGACCCCUGAGUCCUGCCCACUCUCCCUGUCACCUUUCUCUACUGGGUGCAGAUCCUAGCUCCGCCUCCUGGGCAGUAUUUCUGGAAAGUCCCACGUACACAGCGAGGCGCUUCGCCUGCCCUCUUUAGUGGCUGGGGAAGAGUCUGAAGAGAGCACAGCCCUGGCACCACCGCCACCUCCGGGAAGAAAGAGAGAGAGAGGGAGAGAGAAGCCCAGUCUGGCAGAGGCUCCCGACACCAGGAGCUGUUGGGAGAAAGCAAUACGUUUGUGCAGAAUCUCUAUGUAUAUUCUAUUUUAUUAAAUUAAUUGAAUCUAGUAUAUGCCGGAUGUACGACAUUUUGUGACUGAAGAGACUUGUUUCCUUCUACUUUUAUGUGUCUCAGAAUAUUUUUGAGGCGAAGGCGUCUGUCUCUUGGCUAUUUUAACCUAAAAUAACCAGUCUAGUUAUAUUCCCUCUUCUUGCAAAGCACAAGCAAGGACCGUGAGUGCAUUACAACCCAACGGUGGCCCAUCUUCAGUGGAAAGCGAGAACCAUUUUGGAAACUGUCAUGUAACUUAUUUUCUCCUUUAACCUCGUCAUCGUUUUCUGUAGGGGGAAAAAAGAGAAAAAGAGAAAAAAAAUGAGAUUUUACAAAUGAAAUGGAACCUUUUUAUAUAUACAUACAUACAUAUCUAUAUAUCUAUAUAUCUAUAUAAAAUAAAGUAAUUUUCCAAAAUAAAAAGUUAA